CAUCCAUGGAAAUCAACAUAUGUCUGGUUCUACAGUAUUCUUCACCAUUAUUUUGAAACCUGUUUACAAACUUCGGAUAAUUUCACGCUGUCGAUUGGCGCGAGCCAAUCGUCGGAAAGCCAUGCCCGCCGUUAGAAUCAUCAUCGCCGGGCAGCUGCGGAACUAGGUCAGACGGAUUCUCUGACCCAACUGUGUCGGAGGGUAGUUUUCUUUGCCGCCACGUGAGAAGUGUUUGAAGCAACGAUGACGUCAUCCAAUGAUAUCGGUGGCGGUGGCGGUGGAGGAGGAGGAGGUGGAGGGCAUAAUGGGCGCCAUCAUCAUCAUCACCACCAUCGGAGCAGCAGCAACAGCCAGAACAACAUUGUAGGGCGUCGUGUCAGUAAUGUGAGCCUGAACAAUAUGAAUAAUAACAAUAACAACAACAACGGCAGUACGAAUAACAUCAACGGUGGGUUCAAUCACAACAACAAUAGUCCUCGGAUGGAGAAGGAGAACGACUGGGAUUUUAAGAAAAGUACAAAAUAUCCAGACUCUGACGACUGUGAUUCGCUUCCACCACCGCCACCCCCCGAGGACGAUCCCUAUUUUGACGAUCACCACUCGCCGACAACGCUCCAUCACAACGGCCACCUCCACCACCUGAACCUUAGUCUGGAUACGACCCCCCACGGUGGAUCCAGUCCCGAGAAACCCCGCAAACAUCGAUCCAACUCGGAUAGCAGCCAAACCAAGCACCAUCACCGGAACGGUGGCCUCCAUCACAAGUCUUCCAAUGGGCAUCAUCAUCACCACCACCAUCAUCACCAUCACCGGCACGGGAAUAAGAAUAGCCGGGCGGACUCGGUCCUGUCCAGCGAUUCGGAUAUUCGGUUCACCCGGAGGAAGCUCGGGGAUAACCAGAAGUGUGGCUGUGCGUUGAUCGCCGGAUUUCUGUUGAUUUUGCUGUUCGCGGGGGUUGUCGUCUAUGUGGGAUACACAUACCUACGACCAGAACCACUCCCGGAUCGGAUAUUCCGAGCGCGGUUACGAGUAGUGGAAGGCGAUUACUGGACACCGGAACUGGCAGAUCAGAGCACAUCACGAUUUCAACAACGGGCGCGGGACUACCGGGAACGGAUAAACCUUAUCAUGCGACGAUCGGAUCUGAGGGAACCCUACGAAGGAAGCGAAAUUUUGGCACUUGAUGGCAAUGAAGACGAAGAUCUGACCCUACACUUUGCGAUGUACUUCGACCCGUACGCCGAGCUGGUCUCCACGGCCGAUCUGCACUCGAUCCUAAUGGAGGAGAUCAUCUCCGACCAUCCACGCUAUUUCCGCAACCUAACAAUCGAUCCAUCCAGUUUGAUCAUCAAGGAAGUGCUGGGGCAGUUUGAUGACAUUCCGGGCACCUCGUCCUCUCCGCUUGGUGGGAAGGACGACGAAGUCAGCGAGGUGGUGACAACUGCGAGACCGCCCCGAAAGUGUGAACCGCUGAAACUGAACUACUGCCGUGCAGUCGGCUACAACUUGACAACGUAUCCGAACCUGUUCGGUCACGGUUCGAUAGAGGAGGUUGAGGCGGAUCUGAUUUCGUUUAGGGAGCUGGUGGAUGCGGAAUGUUUUCGACAGGCGUUUGAUUUCGUCUGUCGGUUGCUGCAACCACCGUGCGAGUAUCGACGAAUUGAGGAACCGGUCGCCGGUAAGGUUUGUCGGCAGUAUUGUCAGGCGUUUUGGAAUGGUUGCGGUGAUCGCUUGCCGGAACGAUUCAAGAAGCUUCUGGAUUGCGAGCGGUUCCCAGAGUCUACAGCGAUACAGUCCUGCCAUAGUCGACCGGGAUGUGCCGGCGAACUGCAAUCGAAUGCGUUGUCUUCGCGUUUGUGCGAUGGUGUUGCCGAUUGCCCGGAUCUCUCCGACGAGAACACUUGCACGUUCUGCCCGUACGGAGCGAUCUAUUGCGGAAGGGGUCGAGUGUGUUAUGCGAAGAACGCUCGAUGCGAUGGAAAGAUGGAUUGUCCUGACGGAAGUGACGAGAAGGACUGUCUUUCCAUUUCGCCUCAAGUAACCUAUUUGACGUUCCCGCCACCGAUCGUGCCCUAUCGGCCUCGAUUCUUUUCGGAAGGCUACGCUGUGUUCUCCGAGAAGGGCACCACAGGCAAGCUGUGCUCGGUGGGAAUGGAGAGCAACGAUUACGUGCGCAAUACGGUUGCUGAAUCUUUAUGCAAAGCGCUUGGCUUCGAGCGGGUUGACUACUCGCAGAUUCGCAACGAUACGGAACCGAACACAAGCUACGUGAGGGUUUUGGAUCCGAGGGCUUCGGAGAUCUCGUUCGUUAGAACCACCUGCCAGAGUAAGCAAUCGCUGUACGUGAGCUGUGGGCAGUUGGAGUGUGGAGUUCAGUCCGCUCUGCCGAGCAAUCCUAAUGUGGGGCUGUCGAAGAUGGCUGCACCCGGAGAUUGGCCCUGGAUGGUGGCGCUGUUCCGGGCGGAUACGCACGUUUGCGAUGGAACACUGGUAUCAUCAGACUGGGUUCUAACUACGGAGUCAUGCUUCCAAGGUCAAGCAAAAGCAACUUGGAUGGCGAUAUUUGGAGCUGUUCGCUUGACUUCCAACGCUCCUUGGAUGCAACGCAGACGAAUCAUCGGCAUGGUGAAAUCACCCGUUGAAGGCAGUACCGCUGCGCUGGUGCGCUUGGAAAAUCCUGUCAUCUACUCAGAUUUUGUCCGCCCGAUCUGCCUGCCGGACAUCCCACUGAAGGAAACCAUCGAUCGAGGUGACAUCGUAACCCCUACUCCACACGCUGAAAAAUUCUCCAAACUACUCCCGAAGAAACGCAUCAAAGAGUACCGACAGUACUUCGAAACGCCCGGAGAUGAUGACACCGCUGAUGACUACACGGAAAUCACCGAAUCCUCCCGUCUCUCCGCCAACGAAUUCAGCGUAGAAUUCGCCGACGAGGGUUCCCAGGUCCCUAAAGCCGAAGCCGUACAGGUCACCGGCACCAAAAACCCAUACCCGCUCCCCGAAAAUUCCCCACAAACCAACAACUACAUCUCCACGCUGAACUAUAUCGGCAACGGGUUCCAAGCGCCGAAGUCCAAACAAACCCUUUGGACGAACUGCAACACGCUCGGGUGGAGUCGACAGCGGGAUCACCUGCAGCGGGUGCAGCUCAAGAUCAGCGACAUGAAACCGUGCGAGAACGUCUCCAUCGCCACCGUCAACAGCAUGUGCACGGAGGCGGCCUACCACAAGCAGGACUGCAGCGAGGAGGAGUUUGCCGGAAGUCCCGUAGUGUGUCUUCUGCCGACGGAGCGGAAGUGGGCCCUGGUGGGCGUCGCCUCGUGGAGAAUCGCUUGCGCCCCGAACGGCAUCGAGCGGCCGCGAAUGUACGACAAGAUCACGUCCAACACGCAGUGGAUUCGGGAAACGAUCGCCGCCACUGUGUAGAGGUGGACUGGGAUGUUUGGGAAGAGCAGUGAUCAAUUUGAUGUGCAAAUAUUAAGCUUAGUGUGGAGUAGAGUGGAGCUGUGAGUGAGUGAGAGCAAGUGCGUGCGAUAAGAACCUUCCAAAGGAUACAGCGAAACGACUAAAAUAUCUAUCAAUGCCAUUCGAUUACCUUGAUAUGAUCUGAUUGCCUUUUUUGUGUAUGUGUUUAGGAAAAAGUCUGAAACUUGAAUGUUUUAUAUUGAAAAAGUUAUGUAGAAAUAUGUUGCGAAGAAACUAUUUUUCUUCUCACGCUAAUUAUCUAACGAUCUAAUCACCUGUGAGACAACGAAUCCCCGCUUUUAUAAACAGCUCAAAUAAGUGUGUAUAAAGCAAAAAGCGAUGUUAUUUUAAUCCUAUUUUAAUAUACGAAUUACACUGUUGUAUUACUUUUAUAUAGACACGUAACUAAAAUUUAUACCCUAAGUGUAGAGAAUCGUGCAACAAUCCGAAACGCUAUGCAAAUAAACACAUUGUAAAAAAUUAAAUUA